AUGCUCAAGGUUGUUUUGUCAUCGGAGAGUCAGGACCUACCCGACUCAGCUACCUUGAAAUCGAAUAUGAGCUCGUCCUCAUAUGUGACCACCGUUGGUGGCUAUGUCGCGGUAGCUGCCAUUGGCCUCACCCUAUACUAUUCCACCCAAAAGGGCAAGAAGGGACCGGCCGCACCUCCUAGCAAGGCCCCUCGGAGCCGGAGCCCAGAGCCUCGAAAGGAUAAGAAAUCGGCCAAGAAGCAGCGUGUUGAGCAAUAUGCUCAAGAGGCUUCUUCCCAGAAACCCGCACCUGCACCUACCGCUGCCGAAAAGCGCAAUGGGGCUUCUGUGUCCAAGCCGGCCGCCAAGGAUGAUGGCGAUGACGAGCUCAACAAUAAAGAGUUCGCUCGACAGCUAUCGAGCGUGAAGCAAGGCAAGCAGUUUGUCGCCAAGAGUGGAAGCGAACAGAAGAGGCAGAAGUCGGUCAAGCAGUCGCGUGCUCAGGUCCAAGCUUUUGACGAUGCCAAACCUUCUCCUCCAUCUUCUACUGCUGGAAUUGACGCCGACGAUGACGAGUCCCCCGCCUCUUCGCCCAAGGUCACCGCUGCCGAUGCUGGCGAUGUCAGCGAUAUGCUCGAGACCCCUGCCAAUGGACCUGCUAGCCUCCGCAUUGUGCCCUCCGAGACCCCGAAGACCCAGAAAGCCAAGAAGGAAAAGAAGGCUCCUGAGCCCGCUCUGACCAAGAAGCAGAGGCAGAACCGCAAGAAGGCCGAGAAUGCCAAGGCUGACAAUGACGAGGCUGAGGCUGAGCGCAAGAAGCUGAUGGAGGCCCAGCGACGUCUUGCCCGUGUCUCUGAGGGACGUGCGGCCAAGGAUGGCUCCCAGUUCAUGGCCUCGCCCGCUCCGGCCCCUGCUGCUAAGCCCGCCAAGGCCGACGGCUGGAUCUCCUCCCUCCCCUCCGAGGAGGAACAAUUGGAGAGGCUCAAGUCUGAAGCCGAGGCCGAUGAGUGGAACACUGUCAAGUCCUCCAAGGCCAAGAAGGCUAAGAAGGCCACCAACUCGGCCGAUGAAAAGUGGAGGCGGCGGCCCCAUCCAAGGCAUCCGAACCUACCAAGGCCCCCGAACCCCCAGCGCUCCAAGCAAAUGAAGCCUCGUCUGGAAACGACGACCAGGGUAGAUGAGGCUGGGGAUAACCCGGCCCUGUUUACCAGUGUUUGGCUCCGCGCGGAUUGUGCCGACCUGGAACGUCCCGUCGCUCCAGGCGGGGUGGGACCUGUCGGUCGUUGCGCUUUGGUUCGCCGUCGUCGCGUCUCCAUUGGGGACGACACCGCGGUCCUGCUCCUCAUCAUCGCCCGGGUCCCUCUCGAACACGCCGGCCUCGAAAUCCUCCCACUUUUCCCCCUCGUCUCUACCUCCGCCUUGAGGGCAGAAAUCCGACCCGCCAUGCGCUCGAGCACCACUUCGUUCUCGCGUAUUGCCUCGACGCACACCUCAUCGGGGGUCGGUCUCGGCAAAGGGCUUGAGCUCGGCGUUGGAGUAUAUGAGGCUGACGAGGGGGAGGUCCUUGAGGGCUUCGGCGAAGCGCUCGAGCGAGAUGGGUUCUUCGAAAAACAUGAAUCUUCUUGGAGCAUCGUCAUCGAGGCUGUGUCUCCGGACCCUAUCCGCGCGCGCGGCGUCCCGGCACCGCUCAUGCAGGGUUCCCAACACCUUCCACACCACGAUUCGCUCCUUCUCCGCCGCGUCCCCCUCCUCGCCAAUCCCUCCUCGCCGAAACCACCAAAGCGUCCGGGCCUGCUUGAGCGGGUGAAGUGGUACAAGGAAGAUGGACCCUCGGUCGGAGGGCCCUCGGGUGCGGCUCCGCGCCUCUCGCGGGUUUUUGGCGCAAAGCUGAAACCCGAAUUCGCCAAUACCCUGCUCCGCAUCCUCCACGGUCGACGGGUGGCGGGUACGCUCGACGAUCCGGCAUACAAGGCCAAUACGGCGCGGUUCACGAAACAGCAACAGGACACGGCGCUCAUGUAUCUACGGGAAAAGCUGCCUGUGGAUGAGACGAUGAAUUCGGGACUCAGGGCACAGGACGAGCUGGAACAGUUGGAGAGAGAGUUGGCCGGGACAUCCAAGGCGCCGGCGACCCCUCCUCCUGCGGGCGGCAACGCGUCUCAGGCAGCCGUCACCACCGCCGCUGACCCAGACGCCAAGGUCAGCCCACCGGAGGAGAAGAGCGAGGAGCUCAAGGUAGAAUACAAGCCCGACCCGGUCUACGGUUAUAGCGCGUUGGACGCCAUCAGGGCGGAGAACCAGGCCCGCAUCAAGGCGGAGGAAAAGCGAAUUGAGCAGGACAAGUUGAGCCAGGGGAGCCGGUAG